CCGCCGAUUAUCGGUAUGGCGGACAUGAUUCUAUUGCUAAAGCAAUGCUGUUCUAGCCAAGGUAGACUGUAGUUUAGUAUACGCUAUCAACAUAAUUUGUAACUGAUCUGACAAAGAAGACAAGUACUUUCACGAUUCUUAUGGUGUGUAGAAGUGACAUUACUUUUCACAAGUUUUAUUUCUUUGCUUCAACCAAGUCGGGCAAGUUCUAAAUCUAAAUCUGCCGCCGAUUCAGGUGGGCUGCUGAAUGAACCACUUGAAAAAUACAAGCAAUCAGACAAAAAUGACAGCAUCAACAAUUCUUUCUUCGUCGUGUUUUUCAUUUCCUGGAUUUUUAUGUGAAAGGAUGGCAUUAUGAAAGACAAGCUUUAACUUUUGUCUUUAGACUGUCUUCAGAGAACAUUGCAUUUUCAGAUUGUGAUAAAGUGCUAGCGAUAUUGUGGAUGACUGAAAAAAAAAACAACAAAACAACACUUCCAGAGUGUGUGAAGUGACAUCACUUCCAGAGUGUGUGAAGUGAAAUAACAUUUAAAUGUAAAUACUGACAGAUCCAUAACCCGAGUCAUCAUGGCGUACAACACCUUGAGCAGAGCUCAACUUAGCUUUGACUAUCUACACACAAAUUCAACAACUCAUGAAUUUCUGUUUGGAGCACUUGCUGAACUCCUGGAUAAUGCCAGGGAUGCUUCAGCAACCAAGAUCAGCAUUUAUACAGAGUCGGACAGUUCACUACGUGGAGGGUUUACGUUAUGCUUUUUAGACGAUGGAGAGGGAAUGGACCCAACUGAAACUGCAGACAUCGUUACAUUUGGCAAGUCCACCAAACGAUCAUUGGAUUUGCAGCACAUUGGAAUGUAUGGAAAUGGUCUAAAAUCGGGUUCAAUGCGUAUUGGCAAUGAUUUGAUCCUGUUUACUAAGAAAGGAUUGACAAUGUCCUGUUUGUUCCUUUCUCGGACAUUCCAUGAAGAAGAGAACAUAGAUGAGGUCAUUGUGCCCCUGCCUUCAUUUGAGGCCAGCACACGAAGACCGCUGACCAAAGGAUCACGUGCCAGGAGAGGGUGACAUGAGACAGAGAUGAGCCUUAUUUACAAGUAUUCCCCAUUCCGAACAGAGGAAGAGUUCUUUGCCCAGUUUGAGCGCAUAGAAGGGAACUCUGGCACACUGGUGGUCAUCUACAACUUAAAACUUCUUGAUGACAGCCAUACAGAGCUGGACAUCACUACAGAUCCCACUGAUAUUUUGCUAGCCAAUCCAGCAUCAGACUAUGACUCAGAUGAAGGGCUCAUGCCAGAGCGGAGGUCGUUCCGGGCUUAUGCAUCUAUCUUGUACAUGGAUCCUCGUAUGAGAAUCUACAUACAGAACAAGAAAGUGCACACCAAGAGAUUGGCCUCUUGCCUUUACAGGCCUCGGCUGUACAAAUACUCUUCAAAUCGUUUUAAGACACGUACAGAAAAUGAGGCAAAACGAGCUCAUGAUGAGGCAUUAGCAGCUGAUAACAAGGCUAAAGAGGCAGAAAGCAAAGCCAGAAAUCUGGAGGCUAAAUAUGGAUCGUCACUCAACAAAGACCAGAGAGCAGAGUUACGGAAAGCGCAGACAACAGCUGCAGAAUAUAGGAGGGAUGCAGAAAUUAAAAAGCAGAUUGCAGAUCGCAAAGGGAGGGCUCUGAAAGAUCCGAAGACACUUAAUCUAAUCUUUGGCAUUAAUCUCGAAAAUCGAGCCCAUGAUGGUGUCUUUGUAUACAACUGCAGUCGUCUCAUCAAGAUGUAUGAGAAAGUAGGACCUCAAGUUGAAGGUGGAGUCAAUUGCAGUGGUGUCGUUGGUAUUGUUGAUGUGCCCUACCUGGUGCUAGAACCAACCCAUAAUAAGCAGGACUUUGCAGAUGCUAAAGAGUAUCGUCACUUGAUGAAGGCUAUGGCAGAACACAUGAUACAGUACUGGAAGGAUGUUGCCAUCAGUCAACAAGGAAUUACACAGUUCUGGGCAAGCUAUGGCUACACCAGUGACAAGUGGCGAGAUCCGCCUUCCUCAGAUGCCAAGUUCAUCAGAAAAAGAGCCAUGCAGAUUAGCAAAACACUGCAAUGUGAUUUGUGCUUAAAAUGGCGCAUGCUUCCGUUCUUGUCAUCUAGUGUGAACACAGAAUUUCCUGAUAACUGGCAGUGUAGCAUGAACCCCGACCAGCAGCACAACAGAUGUACAACAGCAGAACAAAAGCUAAAUAUACCGGAAGGCAUCCUGAAGAAAGAAGGCAAGAGUCAGGAGCAGAAGAAGAAGGACUUAGAAGAGGAGAUCAAGAAAAAACAGGAAAUACUGGAAAAAUGCAGAAAACCCGUGGUUUCCAGACGACAGAGUAUACCGCCACCACCUCCAAAGAGAAAACCCUCGCCACCCCCUCCUCCUCCUGCCCCACGACACAGAGCCCUCAGCACUCCAGCCCCCAAAGCAACACAUAGUCCUGCCCGUUCAGCACCACCUAUGGUCCAGAAAUCCAUGUCUGUGGCAAAGUCUACUUCAAGAACUGUCAGUAAAUUGGAGAUAAAAGCUAGUCCAAGCUCCAGAAUUGUUCAGAAUCGGGCUCCUGGUAACAAGAAGGAGGAAUUUAUCCGAAGGUCCCCAUCACCAGCCCUUUCCUCAAGUCGUAAGCGACCUGUUUCCGUGGCAACCCACCAAGAGUCAUUGCGGCGUCCUGGUAAAGCUGUGGGAGCACAGACUUCUGAUGAUGGAGAAGAUGAAGAGGAGGAGGAAGAAGUGAUGGCACCGUUGCCUGUCAAGAAGAGCAAGACAACGACUCUGGCUGCAGAAGGGAAGGAGAUGGUUGAGACCCCCACUCAAAAAAAGCCUCCACCUGGAGUUUUUCAGUCAUCCACAGAAGAAAAUGAAGCAAGUCAGUCGGGCAUGGAGGCCAUGGACAUUGACACUAACAGCAACUCUGGGGAUGUCAUGGGUGAGGUGGUCAUCAAUGAUGCUGACAGCAAUGGAGAAAUCGGCACAAGAGUUGAAGCUCUCAUCAACGGUAAAUGGCAUGCUGGCGUAGUUGUACGAGUGAACCCAGCUGAGGCCAAGUGGAAGGUCAAGUUCGAUCAUUAUCCUAAAGAUAAGUACGAUAAAUGCACCGGCAUCCCCCGAGUCACAGGCUCAGGAGACAGCGGAGCUCCCACGUCUUCCACUGCCACGGCCACCAGCACCCAGUACACCGACGAUAUCGCCAACGGUUACAGAACGUGUCUGCGCUACUUCCUGCCACCGCAGUGGAUCAUGGACAAGGAUGCAAUAUCCGCCAUGUCACUACAAGAACUUUCUACAUUCCCUCUCGAUGACUUUUUCGACCAUUACGAGCGGGGGCUGCGACGACUGGUGAGCAAUUUUCAGACGGAGGCAGCACUGCGGAAGCAAGAGGCGGAGACAGCAAAAGCCAAACUAGCAUCCGUCAGAAAACUCAUCGCCAAACUCCUCAAAUCGACCAAUGAGGAGUUCGACAUUGACCCGGAAGCAGAUGGAGACCAGGUGGACGAGCUUCUGACCAUGUGCGUGCGGCAGGCGGUGCAGUCACAGACGUAAUCAUCAAAAUAGAAUUCUGCUCGUCCCAGAGUGCGCCGUACUCAAUGAGAAUAAUCACCAGAUGCAAUGGCAGCCAUAAAAAAAUACGGGGAAAAAUGAACAAAACAAAGACCUUGGCGAUUUCAGUCCAAACUGGUUUUUUUUUUUAAUCCUGCUGAAAAUUCACAAUGGAAAUUAAAAACUGGACAACACAGUAAACGGAAAUAAACUGUUAACGUUUUUGAUAGGCAUGUGUGUGCAUCAGGUUACUUCAAAAUGAAAAAAAAAGUCCAGCAAAGCACAAGCAUGUCUUAAACGUUAAUAGCAGAAAGGAGCCCAUUCUCAGCAACCUGCACCGUACUUCAUAAGGAAAGGACGUGUCGUCUUCGAAAGGCACAGCUUAGCACUGACUCGGAGGAGCUUCGGGACAUGCGUAAUGCAGCACUGGCUCUGAGGAGCUUCAAGAAAUGCGCAGUAUUGCCAGAGGCUGUCGCACUUAGCUGGGACAUGUUUGUACAAAGAAAGGUGAAAAUGUUCCCUUUGCCCGAGGAAGAGCUGGGAUUUAUGCGACUUAUCCCCAGGCUCUCACCCCACAAAAAAGCCCACUGAUGACAUCACGAGCAGACUGGUUACUGUGGUGUGCGGCUUGUGGAGACAGAAUUAACAGGAGCACGCACAGAUAGUCACUGACCUUUCGUCUGCACCUCGCAUGUUUUGGGUCAGUUUGAAGUGGAAGCUUACGUUUUGAGUGAGCGAGCGAGCGGAUAGGUGUGUGAGGAGGUAUAUGCUGAAAGAUAUUUAGAGAUUUUAAUUCGCAGUUUCGCGCGUUUAAAGAAAGGAAAUCAACCAUCUGACUUUCAAGUCAACUUGGAGAGUCGCUGGUAGUGUUGGGAAAAGGUGUGCAUCGAUUCUGUACAAUGUGGUCAAUAAAGGUGCUGUGUACGAGCCAGGCAAGAGUGGUCAGGCGACAACGAUGUUAAAGGUCGCGAUGGACCUGUUGGAUGACCCCACCUGUCUCUGACGUUUUGCUUCACAGGUGUACGAUCCAACAUGGCUGCACGACCUAUGAAGUUGCUAUAUAACUGUAGAAAUGUUACUUGUCACACCGUAGAAACCUUAUUUGUCAUGUGGUUGCAUGGGCUUCUUACUUGUCAUGGGGAAUGUGGGCUAGGAAUUAUCUGAUCAUAUUUGUGUGCGAGCUUUUAUCGUCAUGCUGUACGGGUUUCAACAUCUUGGUCUUCACUGAUGAUUGCAGACCAUCGGGCUACACAACGUUACAGCGUGUCAGGGUUAGCGGAUGGGUGAGGGGUGUGCGUGUGUGUGAGGGGGAACGUGUCACGUGGUCAGUCUCACGCGGCCUCCGACUUCCCUGCAGCAGAAUCGCGUGGCUGCCUGAACCAAACGCUAACUAGUCGCAAGAGGAGGAUAAGAAAUCCAGCUGCAAUGAUCUCUCCCUCUCUCUGCCCCACCUUAUCAUUGCUUUUAAAAAAAAAUCUUUUGUCCUUUACCCAUCACAUAGUGUUUGGCGAUGCACAUGUCACGAAUGAAAUGUCGAGAGUUUAUUUUAAAGAGCCAGUUUUUGUUUGUGUAUACUACUUUUGUGCUGCUUUAUGAAGCAUUUAAAAGUUUUUUGACCCCACGAAUAAGAAGAAACUUUAGACAAAAUUCUUCACGAGCAGCAGAAAUCGGCUUUACUACCUCCAGAAUAUUGUCUGCGUCCGAUUUCUGUAUCCUUGAUGCGGCUAUUCCAGUGGGUGGUGGGUGUGUCAAAUUUUGUGUGUCAUGAGAAGUUAAGCUGUAGCUUUAAUGGUUGCACAGUCUCUGUGCAAAUAUAAGUCUGCAGUCUCCACGUUUCUUCAAAACAAAAGAAUGUAAAAAUAUUGGUUCACGUUUUACAGUUCGAAGUUUGAUUCGCUUAGACUUGUAUUUUCAGCAAGCAUGAGAGGGAGGAAGAAAGAAACGUGGUGUGGAUUGAGUGGAGAAAUGAGCACUUGUCUGUAGUCUUAUAUUUAGGUUACCUAAAAUUAUCACCUCAAAGAUACCUUGGCAAGACUAGUGCUGCGCCUUGUACAAAAGUAUUGCAUUUAAAGCCCCGUUCAUUUGUAGGGAAAAUAAAAUUUCUUUUUCCUCACUGUGUCCAUUUGCUAAACCAAAGAACAUCUGUUGGUACGGUAAAGUUUCUCGGUGCACUCGAAGAAUGUCAAGCUUCCAAAGUUUUCUGCACUUCUCGCCCUCUUUGUCCGACAGCGUUUUAUUUUUCUGUCAAUAGGAAUGCAGUCAACCUGCACGCUCAACUUUAUUGUCUCUGGUGAUAACGCUAAUAGUGGGGGAAAAAUAUCAUAAUGGAAGAAAGUACAGUCAGUGACAUUUUCAUUCUUUUGAAACAUAUUAAAGUUUCUGAGAUUUGUAUAUCCGACAUUGUGACAUCAUGCUUUAAUGUAUGGACAGAACAGCCUUCUGUUCACUGUAGGCAGGUCUUAAAGAAAAUGUCGAGAUAUCUGAAUCGAUUGCUUGCCUGUAUAGUUUUUAUUUUCUUAUUUAACCAUGUAUGUGUAAGCAUUAAGAAAGGAUAAGCCUAUUUGUCUUAUGAAGGCUCGAGAUGUACAAGUCUCGCUUUAUUUAAUCUCCAGACUACUUCUCGUGCCGCAAGAGGGACUUCUUGGAGAACAAUAAAGUUCUCCGAGUUCAGCUGUUCCCUCGCGUAGGCCUUGCUCUGCCAAAGCGACUUGUGUGUAGCGAAUGACCGGCAUUUCUCAGUGUCCCGGAAUGUAGUGCAAGUCUGUCAGCGUCGACCUACGGUAGAUGUUGACUGCGCAAAUAGUCACGUGGCGUGGUUGUCAAAUCAGCCAGUGGAUCAAAAGGAGCAGUAUUAAGAAAGCCCUCUUUUUUUGUUUAUUAUUUUGUAAACGAUAACGUCGGAAAACAGGAAGUUUGGUAAUGGCGGCGUUCAUAACCCGUUCUUUCAGGUGGUAUUAUAAAGGUCUACAUGUCUCGUCCCCCUUUGGGAGCAACUCCUGUGUUCCAUUUGUGGAGAUGGCUGCUCGUACAAAGAAGUGACAGCUUGUGCAUGCUUUGUUGAUUAAGGUUGUUUGUAUGCAUGUGUGAGAGUUCUUAUCAUCCCCUUUACUUUAAAGAAGAAGAAUUAAAUAUAAAAAAAAACACCCUUAUGGUAAUUCUUGCCGAUUGCUAUGGGUCGGUCUUAACACAGACGUGCUACCGUGUUCAUCCAUUUUAUGUUCGCUUGUUUCCUCCAUGACGUCUGAUUCUCAAACAUCUGCUCUGCGCAGCCUGCAUCAGACUAUAAAGAUGUGAAGAAGGGGUGGCCCUGCCAUUUCUUGUGAAUCUUGUUGGUUUCAUUUUGUUAUUUGUAAUAGCUUUGUAGCUGUUAAGUUUAAGGCGUCUGAAAACUCACUCGAAACCCCAGACAUAAUUCAUACACUCCUUCCUCGGUUACUACAUCCGGAUCCCCGCACGCAAAAAUAAGUCCUUAUAUACUAGUGCUUACAGAGUCAUCGUGGUCUUAAUCCUAACUAGACGUGAAGAGUUUAUUACUAGUCAGCAGGUCAAAGUUAAUAUUCUACUUUCCUGGUAUAAGCGGAAGAUAUAUGCUGGUUGGAGUUACCCUAACUGUAAUAGACUGUCCACUCGCACAUUAAAGUCUUUAUUUAUUUUUUUUUUUUUUUUUUUUACGAGAUAUAAGGAUUUUUACAAACAGACAUGGUGAUGUCUCUGGACAUAUUACUGCAGUUUAGGUCUGCGGUGCCCCCAUUUGUUUGAUUUAAAAAAAAGAUGUUACCUCGUUGCUUGCAGAUUUCUUUUUUUAUUUUAUUUUUUAAGGAUGUUGUUCCUAUUUUCAUUUGGCUCGCUUACAUCUCACAUUCAAGUUUUAAACUUGGCGUAUCAGUUUUUUCAUGUUUACUUUUGAGACCGAAGGGUUCUCGUUCUUUUUCUAUGAAAGGUUUAUCUUCUUUUUCGAUGAAAGGUUUAUCUUCUUUUUCUUUCGCGAACAACAGUUGACUCUAGUGGAGAAGGUAAAGAUUAUUUUUAGUGUAUUGUAUUACCAUAUUUUUUAUACGAAAGAAUGUGUGUUACCUCUCCACAAGAAAGGGACUUUUUUUCUGUGCACUUCCACUGCUGUUCAUAUCAAAUUGAGAAAAAAUAUUUUGUGAAGGAGGCAGGAGAGGAUGGUGUGUGUGUGAAAGAGAGACUGGACUGGGUAAAACAAAAGCAGACGUAUUGCAGCCGCACUUCAUUUGUCAGCUUUUUAAUUUUUGAGGGGGGGGGUGGCUGAUGUAAUAGGCUCUCGGCGAUCACGUGAGGCUUAUACACACAUCCAUCUGCAUUUGUGUGAUUUUUUUUUUUGGUAAUAUUCUGGAUGUGUGCGUGUAUGGUACAUUACUUGUGAGAGUGGUGGGGGAAAGGAAGGGGUGUCAAAACUGAAAUAUAUGGAUGUAACAGAGAUCUCUGAAAAUCAUAUAGUCCCCAAGCAGUAUCACGGUUUAUAUUUUUCCAGUAACAUCAUAUUGAUCUGUGUGCAUGUUUAUUGCUUCUUCGCAACAGUCAUUUCUAACGAACGGCGAUGAUGAAAGUGUAUUACAUAAUUUUUUUGUGUAGCAAAUGUUGAUGCUUGUGUUGGAAAGAAUCAGUAAUAAAGAAAAAUGCUUACCCCGA